CCAGAGAGUCGCGCCGCGCGCCGACGGAGCGGACAUGGGCAGAGCGAUGGUGGCCAGACUGGGGCUGGGGUUGCUGCUUCUGGCACAGCUCCUGCCCACACAGAUCUAUUGCAACCAAACUUCUGUUGCACCGUUUUCAAGUAACCAGACUAUCUCUACUGCCCCAAAUCCAACUAAUGCCACCACCAAAGCAGGUGGCAGUGCCCUGCAGUCAACGGCGGGUCUCCUCGUGGUCUCACUUUUUCUUCUACAUCUCUACUGUUAGAGACUUGGGC